AUGAAUUUUUAAAUCCUUGAACUUUUAUCACAAUUACCAUCUAAAAAAUAUAUUAGAAAACUAUUUGAAUAUGCUUAUUUAUUUAGAAAAAAGCUAAAUUCAUUUUAAGAAUAUAUGGAAACAUCUGUAAGUGCUUGA